UUCCAUCCAUCUUCAUCAGUGGUUCUUGUGUGUAGAUCAAAACGACAUGUUUCCCGUCCCGAUCACCUUGCGAAGUCAUCCAAACUUCUCUUCAUCUGAAGUGCUCUUCUUCUAUCGGCUGUCGAUCCAGUAUCCCCUGCUGCUCAUCCCCGAAUGCCACCCUCCCCAGAAACAUGGGAAGAAAACUGAAAUUAUUACAAAGUCAAUGCCUAACGCUUCACUCCAACUGAGGUAAUCAAGCAAUCGCGUUGGACCUUUCCGAAUUGGCUUGGCCGUGGGACGGGGGAGAGGUUUGUUGAAGGGCGCCUUGAUAGCGACGACAUGCUCGUGCCCACGAUACCGAACAUCUACUAUUGCAAUUGACGAUUUCCGCUGACGAAUGGUAGAGAGGGUUCUGCGAUGAUCUGGCUUACUUAAACGGUUCUUGUUGGGCUCUGCACUGGACGCCCCUUGGCGAUGUCAAAUGCGUUUCAAGUUGAUUUUGUAACCAGAAGAAACCCCCAGGGGCGCUGGUUAAUGAACCUCGAAACUUGUCAUCAGGUUUCAAUAGCACCAGUUAAUCAUGGUCCAAGCAAGUAGGCCAAAAUAUGACCACCGGGCCGGUUUGAGAAGUCACGGAGAUUCAAAAAACAAACAUGGAAACUCGCACCAUAUGCGCUUAGGGCGCGAUGUUCGGUACUGUAAUCUUUAACUCGUCUCA